CUUGUUGGGUGUUUGCCUUCUAGUUUAACAUUUACACCAGAUCAGUGCACACAGUCCAGAUAGCGCUCACCUUGCACGCUCUCUUGGCACUUUCUGUUGGCAAGUCUGUAGGGGGCAUCGAAGCAUGGGACCCCGCACUGCUCCCUCUCCAUCUAAAGAAGUGAAGCCCAGGUCUGGGGGUCAGCCGGGCAGAGUGAGUGACCGUGAGUGCCACGGUAACCCUCCAGUGCUGAACAACCCAAAAUCAGUCGUGAAGAGGCAGGUCAGCCCGGAGGAACUUCAGACACCAGGGGGGCCCUACAUUAAGAGGACAUUCACUAUCGUGGGCGAUGAUGUGGGCUGGGGCUUCGUGGUCAGAGGCAGCGCCCCCUGCCACAUCCAAGCUGUGGACCCCAGCGGUCCGGCUGCAGCAGUGGGAAUGAAGGUCCGUCAGUUUGUGGUCUCUAUCAAUGGCGUUAACGCCCUGUCUCUGGACUACCGGACAGUCAGCCACCUCAUUCUCACUGGCCCGCGCACCGUUGUCAUGGAAGUCAUGGAACCUCUCGACUGCUGAGGUCACUAACAGCAGCCAAUGUUGGCACACCCACUUGCACAGUGGUGCAAGAAAAUCCAUACCAACAACAACAACAACAACAACAUCAAACACAGACAACAUCCUCAAAGAAUAUGUGUGUCCAUCCAGAUAUUCAAAACGUACACAUUUGGAUUGUGCCCUUCCUAUCCUCCCUGAGCGUUAAAACAUAGGCUGACCUUUCACCUGCAUUUUGUUUACUUCCCAUCCCACUUUAUGUCAGAGGAGGAAUCCAACAGAGCUGUCAACGUAUCAAGAUAAGAGAAGAUUGUGAGCUCUUCGGUGUGGUAGGGUGUUAUUUGGUUUCUAAGGAAGUAAAAUUAUGCAAUCAUCAUUCAGUCAGCAGCUUAACGAAACAACGCAGUGCAGCAUUGUCUUACACACCAUUUUACAGUGUGUGAAAAGAUGACAAGCACUUCAGAUUAGCCGGUAAUAUUCAGUCUAAGAAUAGGCUAUGUCUCCCUUGGUUUUUUUUAUUUUUAUUCUAUUUUUACUUUUGAGUGAUUUGACAGGUUCAUUUGAGUUUUAUGUCACUUAGAGAUAAAAAGUAUUUGAAUGAUCUCUGUGAGAAAAGGAAGGUCCCUAAAGCUCAUAUCUAUUGUUGUUCCAAAGAGCAUUCUAUGGGGUCAAAGGUCAAAGAAAGGUGAUUGAUUCAUGAGUUAUGUGUCACAUGUAGAUAUUGUUUUCAAUAAUUGUAUUAUUUUUAAUCUGCGUAUGUAGGCUAGAUGAUUUAGAUUACAUAAAAAGAUCUGUGAUUUAUACUGAUCUCAGUUAACAUCCACAGAGAAUAGAUAGGACAUAUUGUAGACAGUGCAUACUGUAUAUGAAAUUAAAUGUACAUUUAGGAAAUUCACAUUUCUCAUGUGUCCUUUACCCUUGAUGUAAUGAUACUGGAUUGGAUGUGUAAUGCCACGUGAUGUGUAAUUCAUUAAUUUAAUAUAACCUUCAUAUAUUUAUUGUAUAGUUGAGAGGAAUCUGAGCGAAGCACAUGAAUAGGAAUUAAUGUCUAUUUGAUUCUAUAUUUCUAGGCCUAUGAUAGGUCUAUAACUCAGUGCUGUAUUCUGUUCCAAGUUAUUUUAUUAUGAAGAAUAAUUAAAACAUAUAAUAUUUUAUCAACA